GACGAGAAUGCAAAGUGCCAUGUUCCUGGCUGUCCAUCACGACUGCGGAGCCAUGGACAAGAGCGCAGGCUGUGGCCCCAAGGGCGAGGAGAAGCGGGAGAAAAUGAAGCGGACCCUAUUAAAAGAUUGGAAGACGCGUUUGAGCUACUUCUUGCAACAUUCCUCCUCUCCAGAGAAGCCCAAAACCGGCAAGAAGAGCAAACAGCAAGCCUUCAUCAGACCUUCUCCUGAGGAAGCACAGCUGUGGUCCGAAGCAUUCGAUGAGCUGCUAGCCAGUAAAUAUGGUCUUGCUGCAUUCAGAGCUUUUUUAAAAUCCGAAUUCUGUGAAGAAAAUAUUGAAUUCUGGCUGGCCUGUGAAGACUUCAAAAAAACCAAGUCACCCCAAAAGCUGUCCUCAAAAGCAAAGAAAAUAUAUACUGACUUCAUAGAAAAAGAAGCCCCAAAAGAGAUAAACCUAGACUUUCAAACCAAAACUCUCAUCGCUCAAAACAUCCAAGAGGCCACCAGCGGCUGCUUCACGAGUGCCCAGCGGAGGGUGUACAGCUUGAUGGAGAACAACUCCUACCCCCGCUUCCUGGAGUCCGAAUUCUACCAGGAUUUGUGUAAAAAGCCACAGAUCACCCCCGAGGCCCACACUACAUGAGACGAAGAUGGGAAACCAGAAGCGGAGGCUCUUUCAUUUGGUUUCUAAGGGGCCAGGCUGCGACCUGCCCCCAAAGACUGACCUUGGGCUGUUCGGGAGAAAUCUCUCAGAACUGCCGAUGCGGAGCUGGGCAGUGACCUGGCGAGCCGGCGGCCGUCCGGAAGCUUGUACCUCGGUGGCCCCCACGACUGCAGAACACAGGGAGAGACUGUGGGGUGUCGCUGGGAGAGCAGGAGCCUGAAAGAUACGGACUGUUGGUCCCAAAGCAUAUUUAAAGCCAGGAGGUCUGGGACUGUGUGGCCCGAGCUGGCUGGCUGGCUGCAAAUCUUUCCCGAAAUCAGCCCCCGUCACCACACAGUGGCUUUCGUUUUAGUGUGUUUGUUUUAGUACAAAGUAACAUGAACACGUUUACUCCGCGCAGGCAAAGUGCUUAUGCCGACAGGUCACGGUCCUGUCGUCUCGUUGUGCUGAACCUGAAAUGGUCUGAGUGGUGUGUCACGGAAUGAGUGCUGUUGUGUAGAAAAUGAGUGUCCCUUGUGCGUGCCAAACACUGUCCUGAAGGCAGCUAACCUCUGAAGUGGUCUUUGCAUACUUUUAAUAAAUUUAUUUUGAUACAUAAUGUCAUUGGACUGUGGGAUCCAGAUGUGGCUGCUUUUUAUGUGUGUUGGGUCACUGGGAAGGUGGCAGAUUUAAGGGCACAUGUCUCUGGCAAACAGGUAUCACGGAGGACGUGUCUCAGAACAGUUGCUGGGAAAACACGGUCCCAUCUUUACGGUGCUUUUGUGAGUCAGGAGCGGUGAUCACAUCCUCAGAACCACGCUGGGAUCAACUUUCUCAUCUAAUCUUGUAAAAACCAAGCUUGUUAUUCAUGAAAACAAAAGAACACUGACCCAGAGUCUUUCGUGGUGUUUCUGUUCGAGGCCAACUAGACGGGAGAACAAAAAUAACAUAAUGGAGACAAAGGGCCAGAAUGAUUCAUGUAACUCAGCUUCUUGAGUGGAAAAGGAAGCUAAGUGGGGUGAAUGCAGGCAGCCUCUAUUUCCUUGGGUUCCAAGAUCCCCCCCAGAGCACAGACAUGAGCUUCCGAAAUAACCCACCUGAAACUGUGCGCGUCCACAACAGGACAGCACGCAAGUCAACUCUCCGGACUGCCUUGCCGUCCUCCGGCCAGAAGGACUCGGGUUAUGUUCCUCUAGCUGAGGACGAAGGCAAACGCAGCAACCUUGCUUCUUAGGCUUCAGCUGGACCUGUGCUUUCUCCCUCCUUGGGAGCGGGAGGGAGGCCUCUAGCUGUCCUCUUUCCUACCGGCUAUCUAGAAAAGGAACCCUGUUC